AUUUAAUACAAUACCAAUAAUCAGCUCAAAUUAGCGGCAUCUGUUGGUUAUUUUUUUGUGCCACAGAAAGUAUUAAAAUUGCUUAUACAGUCAAUAACGGUAACUGUAAUACCUGCCUGUGUGUGUAUAGUGUUCUCGUGUGCGUUAGUUGUGUGUGUGUGUGUGUGUCGAGCAAAUAUAAAAUCGUAACGUAACGAGCAAAAGAGGAGAAAAGAAAGAACGAAACAAAAAACGUGUGAAAACUACAUAAAAAAAUAAGGAGCGGCGCUGUCGUCCAAUUUACGUCGCCGUCUUCUUCGUCAGUGUUUGUUGUCGUCGCCUCGUUCGUCCUUUAUUUUAUUUCGUCCUCGUACAACAACAACAAGAAGAAGAAUUAAAACAACGUCAAGGAUCACCGCAAUACGCAGUUUCCAAAUGCUUUAAAACGAUUCGACAACCUCUAAGGAAGUUAUAAUAACAAAAGACAAGCAGCGAAUCAAGAACCGAAAACACCAAACAAACAAAUAAACAAAAACCCAAAGUCAAAGGAGGCUCGCAAAAUUUUUUACAAAUUUGCAAAUACAUUUUAAGGAAAAAUAUAAAAGGAAUCGGUGUCCUUCGUUGUCUCAAGCUCUUCUGCUUUCCCGGAGAAACGAACCCGUUGUUGGACUUUAUUUGUGGCGCAAGGAGAAACCUCUCUUGGAAUGGCACUCUUGGGAGAGCGCCAGUGCAUUAGGGAGCAACAGCAGCAGGGUCAGCAGUAGGAUCAUCAGUAUAGAAAAGCCAGCUCAAAGGGCUCAAAAGGGAAGGAUUAGAAAAUAGGAAUCAGGAUAUAGAAAGCAGGAUAUAGGAAGCAGGAAGCAGGAAUCACAGCUCAGCCAAAAGAAAGGAAUCAGUUUUAUCGGAAGACAAGCACAUAUUUAACCAGGGAAAAGAAAGAAAGGAUCAUGACUACUUUGGAGGAGUCUGUUCAGGCGGUGGACACGGUGGACCCGUGUCCCCCGGGUAUUCCCAGCCUGAAAACUGUACUCAGCGAUGAUGCGUCGAACUCAUCGGUGCUGGAGGACAUCGAUGUGAGCAACACGAGCAGCAGCAGCUCUAGUUCCAGCAGCUCCAGCUCCAGCUCUGGGUCUUGCUCAGGUUCGGGCACGGAUACCGACACCGGUAAGGGGAGCAGCACUGUCGGUAGUCUGGAUGUGACUAGCUCUUCGAGCAUUGGAUCGGCGGCUUCUAUCUCAUCGACGGGCUCCACCGCCAUAGCCGGACCAUCUGGUGGUUUGCUGGACGACUCGAAUUCUUCGGGAUUGGGCCUGGUUGUGGAUGUGGAUAGUUCCGGGAGCAGCCAGGAACUGAGCAGCCAUGGUGUCACCGAGCUGGACUCGUUGGAGGACUCGUGCAGCGGGCUGAUGGUUAAGGAUGGGGAUAAGCUAUGCAAGCUGUGCAGCAUGCGCCUUGUAAUGCCGCGCAUUUUGACUUGCCUGCACGUAUUCUGUGAGGAUUGCCUGCAGGUUCUGAUAUCGAAGGACUCGAUCGCAGCCAGCUCGCCGAAUAGCUGCUCCUCGUCUUCAUUCGAUGGCAGCGAGAACAACCGUCUGCCAGCGCUGUUUCUCGAGUGCCCCGUUUGCAAGCAGGAAACUCCCUUGGGCCCCAAAGGGAUCAAGGAUUUGACCUGCGACUAUAUUGUGACCAAUAUACUGGACCUCUCCAACCUAGAGUCGGAGCAUAUUGUGUGCACAUCGUGCAAGAGCAAAGAGGAGGCCAUAUCGCGGUGCAACGAUUGUGCCAACUUCCUGUGCAACGGCUGCGAUAAUGCUCACAAGUAUAUGCGUUGCUUCGAAAAUCAUCAUGUCGUGCGUAUCGAGGAUCUGACAAAGAAUGUUCACGACAAGCUUAUCAUCCACAAGCCAGUGUGCUGUCGCCAGCAUGUGAGCGAGAAUCUCAAGUACUACUGUUUCACCUGCCAGGUGCCCACCUGCAAUGAUUGCCUGCUGAGCGAUCACAAGGGUAGCGAUCAUCACUACGAGACUGCCACGGUGGCGGAGCAGGCGGUUCGCGCCGAUUUUGAGCACACCCUGACCGAAGCGCUCAGGAAGGCUGACUAUUGCAACGAUGCGGGCGGCAAUCUGGGCAGUGCCCUUACUGAACUCCAGUCGCAGCACGAUACGGUGCGCCAGCAAAUUGAGGAUGCCUACAAGAGUUACAAACGUAUGUUGGAAUCGAUUAAGGAUCAGCUCCUUAACGAGCUGGGUCGCCUGCACUCGGAUCGCGAGUUGAAGAUCAUGGAUCUGAUGCAAAGUAUGGAGAAUAAUAUGGGAAAGCUGCAGCACGCCGCCCAAUUUGGCCGUCGGGCCAUCGACAAGGCCAAUGCCGUUGAGUUUCUUCUGUUGAAGCCCGUGAUUAGUGCCCAGUGUUUGAAUCUCAUAGAAAACACGCCCAAGUGCGAUGUUAACUAUCAGCUGCAGUUUGACUCGAAGCCUGAAAAGUUCGAGCAAUUCGCCAGGGAGAUGUUUGGUAAAUUCCAAACCGAUCAGAGUGACUCUAGUCCCAAGAAGCAAGUGAUGGCACAGCAGCAGCAACAAGUGCAGCAGCAAGUGCAACAGCAGCAGGUGCAGCAGCAACAACAGCACCAGCACCAAGUGCAGCAGCAGCAGCAAGCGCAACACCAGCAGCAGCAGCAACAGUUGCAGUUGCAGCAACAGCAGCAGCAGCAUAGCUCGAACAAUUUGAUUGUGGGCCAUCGGGGCAGCUCUUCUGUUCAAGGACGCCUGAGCUCUGCUGUAUUUAGCCCCAUCUCGCUGCCCUCCUCGUUGCAGAGUUCCUUUGAUGGCGACACCAACUCGGUGAUGACCAACUUUUCUAUGAUGGACUCGCCGCCACAGCCAUCUUCGCAGCAGCAAUUGCCUUCAGCCCAGCAGCAGCAACAGCAGUCUCAGCAGCAACAGCAACAGCAGCAGCAACAACAGCAGCAGCAACAGGCAGCAGUGCUGCAGCAAGUCCAACAGCAGCAGAAGCACCAGCAACACCAAGUGCAGCAACAGCAACAGGUCCUGCAUCAACAACCAUCGGCCCAAUCCAUGCCUCCACAGAUGGGUCAGCUUGUUGCUCCACAAGGCAUUGUCCAGCAGGCUGGACAUGUCAAUCUCAAUGCUGGUCCCGGUCCUAAUAUAUCCAUCAAUGGCCUGGGUGCUGGUGGUCCACCGCCCAGUUUCAGCAUGCUGGAGUACAAUAUCUCACGUUUGGCAAGUUUAACCGAACCGAUGCCCGACACCCUCCACGAUGCCCUGGCUGUCGGAGGAGCUGCAGCUGCAGCUGGCCCGAAUGUUCCCCAAGUUCCGGGUGGUUCGGCUGUGACCGGUGGAGCCGUUGUAGGAGCACCGCAUUCACAUCAGCAGCAGCAGCAGGCCGUAAUGCCGGCAUCAGCCGUAACCCCCACGCAGCCAAUUACCCUGGCCGAUAUCCUCUCGGGCGACCAACGGGCGCUCAACAAUCUCCAGGCGCUGGCCAAGCUGGGACUCAACAAUAAUGAUGAUGAUCUUUUGUUGAACGGAUCCUCAACGGGCAUUGAUUUUUUAUCAGAUUUCUGCAUGCCACCGGCCACUUCGCCCAGUCUUCAAUCCCUCAAUCCGAUCGUGGGUGGCGUGGAGGACAUAGGACUCAAUAACUUCCAUGCCGUGGCUGCGCCGGGCACCACCAGUGUUGUUACAGGCCGUAACAAGGCCACUCCAAUGCAGAUCCGCUGCAAAUUCGGUUCAUUGGGUACAGCCAAGGGUCAGUUCAAUUCACCGCACGGAUUUUGUCUGGGCGUUGACGAGGAGAUCAUCGUGGCGGACACUAACAACCAUCGCAUUGAGGUCUUUGACAAGAUGGGCGCCUUGAAGUUCCAGUUCGGAGUGGCUGGUAAGGAGGAGGGUCAACUGUGGUAUCCACGCAAGGUGGCCGUGAUGCAUAACAACGGCAAGUUUGUUGUAUGCGAUCGUGGAAACGAGCGUUCCCGUAUGCAGAUCUUCUCCAAGUGCGGACACUUUAUGCGCAAGAUUGCCAUCAGAUACAUUGAUAUCGUAGCGGGAUUGGCUGUCACUGCCAAGGGGCACAUCGUGGCUGUGGAUAGCGUGUCGCCCACCGUGUUUGUGAUCUCCGAGGAGGGCGAGUUGGUCCGCUGGUUCGACUGCAGCGACUACAUGCGCGAGCCCUCCGACAUUGCCAUUCGAGAUAACGACUUUUACGUGUGCGAUUUCAAGGGCCAUUGCGUGGCCGUUUUCCAGGACGAUGGCACAUUCCUCUAUCGCAUUGGCAACGAGAAGGUCACCUGCUUCCCCAAUGGCAUCGAUAUAUCGAAUGCCGGGGACGUGCUCAUUGGCGACUCGCACGGCAAUCGCUUCCACGUCGCCUGCUACUCCCGUGAGGGCGCCCUCCAGUCCGAGUUCGAGUGUCCCCAUGUCAAGGUUUCCCGCUGCUGCGGACUGAAAAUCACAUCCGAGGGCUAUGUGGUGACGCUGGCCAAGAACAAUCAUCAUGUUCUAGUCCUGAACACCCUCUAUGUUCACUGAUUGCAAAUCAAAGCGCGCAACAAUCGUCCAUCAGUCGAUAUGAACAAAUACAACUACAAAUACUCGUCGGGCAAGAUAUAUGGCUGUCGACGUCAGCAGCAGACAACCAGCUGCAUCAGCAGCAAUAACAGCAAUAGCAACAGCAACAUAAACCUCUUGGGAAGGAUUCAGCCUCAACACUGCAAUAGUAACAGCAUCAUCAGCAACAUCAGCAACAUGAGCAACAUGAGCAACAUGAGCAGCAUAAGCAACAUGAGCAACAUAAGCAACAUUAGCAACAUUAGCAACAUGAGCCACAUUAGCAACAUGAGCAAUGGCAGCAACAUCAAUCAACAGUAAUCGAAAUGUUAAGCAAGAAUCAACAUCGUCGUGUUGAAUGAAUGAAUGAAUGAAAUGAAAACAAAACAAGCUGCAAUAUCAACAUUAUUAUUAACAGCAAAGCAACAAUCCAGUUAGACGUAUAUAUCUAUACGAGAUAUAUACGCGAAGGGGAAGAAAAAUCUCGAAACACCAAAAAAUCCUUUUUAACCACAAAAAAUGUUGCCGUGUUAUGAGCCACUGCAACUAUAUAAAAAAAACGAAAACGAAAACCAAUAACAAAUGAUAAACAAAAUGCAACAAAUACUAUUUUUGAUCUCUAAUUUAAAAACAAUUAGCGCUACUACUAAAACAAACAUCAACAAAUCUAACAAAGAAAAACAAAAAAUAUUUUACUUAGUAUAACGAAUAUAACAAACAAACAAAAAAAACCAAACAAACAAACAAAAAACAAAACAAAGAAAACAAAAGAUAAGAACUUGGGAUAUUUUCAAAACGUUUUUUAAAAACUCUUAAAUUGUUUUCAAUUAUGCUUUUUUCAUUGAAUUUAUUUUCUUGUUAAAAAUUGUCAUUACACAACACACACACACAAACACACAUCCAUUACACACAACAUACGCCACACUCACACAAACACUACUACUUUACAUGUUACUUAUUAUCUAUAUAGACAUAUAUAUUGUUAUAUCGACCGAUUAGCUUUUUUGUGCAUACCCUUCCAGAAUCUUUUUCUAAAAAACAAAACAAAAAAACGAAACACGCAUAUAUAUAUCUACACCUAGUAUACAACAUCUAUGUAUAUCUAGCAAAAUGUGCAACUUUUGUGCACAGGUUUUUUGCUAACAAAUAAGGAAGUAAAUAAUUUGUUGAGGGCGUCAUCAGAGGUCGCGUACAGGCAAUAAUUAUAGAUGAAGAUGAAAUCUAAGUAGUUUAUUUUGAUUUCGAACUCUGAAACAAAAACACUAAGAUAAAAAAAAUUCAGAAAAUAAAAAACUGUUUAGGUUUUUCCUUACGCUGCUUAUAUAAGGUGAUAUCUAUUUAUAUAUAAAUCUAUAUGAAUAUAUGAAAAACAAAACAAAACAAAAACUAUAUAUAUAUCUUAAACAUAUAUGUGAAAUCCUAUGACUAUAUGACUUUGCCAUAUAAUAUACAAAAAGCAGGAUGAGAGCUAGGAGUAGGGAGUUAGGCAUAGGGUUAGCGAGGGACGUAGGACGAAUGGAGGCAAAACACACACAUACACACCACUACACCACACGGGGCAGAUAUCCGCGUAUAUCCAGAAACCGACCCAGAGAAUACAUUCGAUAUGUAUCAAACUAAUGGCGUUCUUCACGCCACAGAUCCAACAAGAACUACAGACAACAAAAACAACAAACUCAACAUACAAAUUAUUCUGUAAGCUAACAAACCAAACAAAACGAAUGCGAGUCCGCAUUAGGCCAACAACUAUAAUAACUUAAACAGCAGCAGAGACGAGACAGCAGCAGCAGCAACAACAACAACAGCAACAACAAGAAGAAGAAAAAGCGUUAAGGAAAACCUACAAAGAAGAAAAAAGCGUAUCUGUUAAGUUCUUAUAUACAUUGUUAAAACCAAACAAAUAACAAACAAACAAACGAUAUUCCUUUUGCUUAUAUACAAAACAAAUGCAAUACACGUGCAUGUAAUCGACAUACACAGAAACACACAUACACACCACAACAAAAACACACAGAUAACAUCCACACUCACGAUGAUUUAUAUAGACGAUAUAUAGACAACCAUUUAAGAUGAUAUAUGUACGGAUACAUGCAACAUUUCUUUCCCGUUGUAAUACAAUAUAAGGCUGGUUUACUCCCAAGACAUUAUUAUUUAUCUAUAUACAAAAUAACAUAUAACAUUUUUUAAUUGUGUGAAUUUUAUGAUGUGACGAAGAUGAAACGAUAACGAUAGUUAGAUGAUCAGCGUUGAAGUGGCGUUUUAUUUAGAUGUGAAGUUGGACGAGAAAGCAAAGCGAAGCAAGCAACUUAUUUUUUAUAGGCUGUAACCACAUUUAUUAUACAUCUACACUUACACAUACACACAUACACAUACAUAAAUACACCCAUACAUACUCACAUACACAAAACAAACAUAUACAUAUACAUAUUAUAUACAACGAAACGAAUCCUUUGUAUUGUGAACAAUAUCCUGUUCGUUUUGUUUAAAACCAUUCGAUUCCUUUUCAAUGUUUUAAACAACAGAAACUAAUGUUAAACAACCUAUAAUUUGCAUUUGUGUUUCACAAUGCGCGCAGUAAAGUGACGAAAACUGUUUUAAAUCUUGUCAUUUUUUAUUUUUAUUUUUUACUUUUAUUAAUUUGUAAUCCUAGUUUAAGUAUAUACACACAACACAAAAAAGAAAAAAGAAGAAAAGAUAAAACCCAUAAAAGAACGCGUUUACGUCAAUGUUUAUGUUAAAUGUUAGUAGCCAGAGAAGAGAGAACGAAUAAUAUAUAUAUUAAACUUUGCUUAACAAUAAUUUACUACCAUCGUUAUACGAGUGUAGUUGUAAUUAUUUUUGUUUAGUUUUUACUUUGUUACGUGUGAGGCUACACAAUUUCUGUACACAUUAAUUAUAAUUUAGUAUAAGGGUAAACAACAACAACAACAACCUGUUAACAACUACGACAACCAAUGUGAAACGCUUCUGAUUAUGUUAUACCACUGAAAUUAUAAACAUUAUUAUGAUUAAUACUAUUUACCCCAAAGUUGUUGAUGGUAGGUGAAGAUGGUGAGGAGUGAGGAGGUCUUAGAAUGAAUGAGAUAGAUUGAGAGAAUGAGAUAGAUCGAUAGAGAGAGGGUAAAAAAAAAUGCAAUUUUUUUGUGAAACAAUUUGGCUGUUGAAAUAUAUAAUUUUUAAUUUAAAUAUGUUUUUGCAUUUCGUUUAUUUUAACUUAGGCCCCCCAGGCAAAUGUUAUAUUAUUGAAUUGAAUUUAUAUUGCGAAAUCCCUUGGAUUUCUGUUAGCUUUCCUCUUUUUUUUCGUUAGACCUUUCCUUUUCCAUUCUCGCGAAUACAUAUAUAAUAUUAUAUAUAUAUUUUAAUUAACUACUACUGCAUUAACUACGGAAGUAUUAAGAGGAAACAUUUUGCUAAAGGCAAUCGGAGCACUCAAAUGCAAAGUAUACCAAAAGAUUCGUUUUUAAUUUUCUAAUUAUUUUCCUAAUUGUAUUUGUAUUUUUACCUUUAACUUUUUAACGUCACUCUGCAAUUUUAUUGAUUUUUAAGUUCAUUUAAUAUUUUUCGUCUCGCUUUAGUCAACAGAAUUUCUGUAAAAGAAAAAAGAAGAAACAAACAAAACACAAAAACCAAACUCGAAAACUGUCAUAGAAAAACUAUUAAAAAGAAAGGAAGAAACAAACAAAAAUACCAUUUUACAUUUGUUUAUAGUUUUUAUGGAAAGCCUUAAAAUAAAAUUGUAAUUCCACACGCUUUUAUUUUUAUAAACUAAAACUAAAUCACAACAUAAAGAGGAAAACAUUUAUAUUAUCUUAA